AUGGAAGGUAGUUUUCUUGAUGACUACGCCACAAUGGAUUUUAACUUACAAAAUAUUUCUGACCAGGUAUGCGUACAGCCUGACCUUCGACCUUUCCAUCCUUCUGUGGCUGGUUUCUUCUACCAGGUACCCGACCUGGUUUGUGACCCUAGAGAUAACUGGAUAGCUGUGGAGAACGGGACAUUUUGGAUUACGCCACAAGCUCGGAAAUUGUAUGGCAAAAUUAAAUGCCAGUUUGCUGCAGUGUAUCGCAAUGCGGGAGACGAUAACUUGACAGUGACUGGCAGGAGGGAGCCAAUGACAAAAGACAUCAUGAAAGCUCCUUCGGACUACUUCAAGAUAUCAUGUUUAUCUGAAAACAGAACCAGGUAUGUUAAUAUCCAUGCAACGAUUGCCUAUAAUGCCACCAAACAUGAGAGAAAAGUAACUAACUCUAAAUCGAUGGAACUAAAUGUUUUAAUGUUUGGAUUUGAUAGUGUAUCGAGGAUGACAUGGUUACGGAAAUUGCCUAAAAGUCGACAAUAUUUCAGAAAUAUUCUUGGAGGGAUUGAGUUGGAAGGCUACAACAUUGUCGGGGACGGUACACCCCAGGCCCUGCUCCCGUUACUGACGGGGAAGACAGAACUAGAGCUACCCGAGUCACGCCGAGGCCAUCCGAACGCAAAGGUAGUGGAUGGCCAUCCAUGGAUCUGGAAGGAUUUUGAAACUGCUGGAUACAUAACUCAAUGGGCGGAGGACAUGGCACACAUUGGAACUUUCAAUCUCCGUAUGAUGGGCUUUACACAACAGCCUGUACACCAUUAUAUGCGGCCAUUUUACUUGGUGGCUGAGAAAUUGUACGGCCAUAACAAACCGUACUGUCUGGGAUCUUUACCCCGGCACAAAGUCAUGCUGGAAUGGGUAAGAGACAGCUUUAUGCAAUAUGAACGUAAGCUUAAGUUCAUCUUUGGUUUUCAUUCCGAGUAUAGUCACGGGAAUCCUAACAAUUUACAAUGGGCUGAUGUCGACUUGCUAGCUUUACUUCAAUUUCUUAAUGACAAACAAUAUUUAAACAACACAAUUUUAAUUCUGAUGAGCGACCAUGGCUCAAGAUUCGCAGAUAUACGGGAAACAUUCCAGGGAAAACUGGAAGAGAGAUUGCCUUAUUUUGCCUUCCGAUUUCCAUCAUGGUUUAAAACAAAAUAUCCAGGUAUUCAUGAAAAUUUUCUGUCAAAUUCUAAAAAAUUGACUACUCCUUUCGAUAUACAUGAAACGUUUCAUGACAUUCUUGAUCUAGCACGAAUGGACGACAAAAUCGACUCCGGUCAACCUUCAAGAGGUAUAAGUUUAUUCAGACCAAUUUCAGCAGAUAGAACUUGUCAGGAAGCUGGCAUUGAACCACAUUGGUGCGCAUGUCUAAAAUGGACAGAAAUUCCUGUUGACAUUCCGCCAAUCAUAAUUGCUGUAACAAAAGUUAUAGAGUUUAUAAACAAGCUCACCAGUAAUUUCCGAAAUAUCUGCUGUGAACUUUGUCUCCUCAAAGUAAAAGAUGCCUACAAAUUUGGAAUAGACAAUAAUGUGCUAAAGUACAAAGGAAGCGCAGAUGAAGACGGUCGUUUGCCGCAAUUUGGAGAUUAUAAACAAAAUGUUAAUGAAAUAUAUCAGGUGACAUUCGUAACUAUUCCAGGUAAUGGAACAUUUGAAGCCAGCGUUAAUCGCACAGCUAACGGUACAUUCAUAGUUAACGGAGGACAAAUAAGCAGGAUAAAUAAAUAUGGUCACCAUGCGGAUUGUAUAGUGGAAUCGGCGCCACAUCUUAGACCUUACUGUUACUGUCAGUAAUGUUUCAACCUAACAAGUAUUGACAAUAAUGUACCGAUUUAACUCUUACUGUCAGUAAUGUACCAAACUAAUUGGUAUUGAUAAUAAUGAACCAACCUAAUUGGUAUUGACAAUAAUGUACCAACCUAAUUGGUAUUGACAAUAAUGUACCAACCUAAUUGGUAUUGACAAUAAUGUACCAACCAAAUUGGUAUUGACAAUAAUGUUAUUGUCAGUAAUAUACCAACCUAAUUGGUAUUGACAAUAAUGUACCACCCUAAUUGGUAUUGUCAAUACUGUACCAACCUAAUUGGUAUUUACAAUA